AUGCCUCACUUGUACGAAUCAUCCCCCGAGCUUGCUCGACUCGAGCAGCUUGCGAACUGGAACACAUCUACCAAGUCGAUUCUCCAAAUAUCCGAAUACUUACAAGACUGCGUUCGUGCCACCGACACUAUGAAGACUGUUAGCAAGUCUGCUGAAAGCUCGGUCGGUUCCUCGAGAGUCGAAAGCACCCUGGAGGAUACCGGCUGCUUCAGAGACUUCCUGUGCAGUGGAGGAGCUCAAUUUGAGGCCUUCAUGCGAAUGAGGUUCGCUCGCAUGGUCAGGGUUUACGACUACGUUACAACACACAACGUUCUGCUUGAGGGCUUUGCCGAGUGCAGGAAAGUCGCUGCAGGACAAAGUCGUCGGAAAUGGUGUGGGACAGGUCAACGAAAAUGGUAUGGAUAA